AUGUCUAUUUUGCAAGAGAAGAUCCAAUUGAACAACGGCACUGCCAUUCCAGUCGUCGGACUAGGCACAGUGACUCCAGACGACAAGAAACCUAUUUUGCGCGAAGUUGUCAGAACAGCAAUUCUCGAUGCUGGUUAUCGUCACAUCGACACUGCCUGGUACUACGGUGUGGAGCCAAUUUUGGGUGAGGUUUUAGAGGAGAUUUUCAAUGAGGGAAAAAUCAAGAGAGAGGACCUCUUCAUCACCACCAAGGUCUGGCCUGCUCUGUGGAGCAACCCGCAAAAGUCUUUGGACAAAUCACUCAAGGAUUUGAGAGUCGAUUACGUUGACCUGUGGCUGCAACACUGGCCAUUGACUUUCAAAUCUGACGAAAACGGCCAGCCACCCGUUCCUCGCGACAGCUCCGGUAAAGUCAUCGAGGACGACGGCGAUUUUCUGGACACUUACAAGAAAAUGGUUGAUAUCUACAAGAAUUCCAAUAAGGUGAAGGCCAUUGGAGUUUCAAAUUAUUCCAUUGGCAACCUGGACAGACUAUUAAAGGAAACUGACGUGGUGCCUGUGAUCAACCAGAUAGAGCUUCAUCCACAGCUACCUCUAAACGAUCUGGUGGAGUUCUGCAACAAACACAAGAUUGUCGUUGAGGCAUACAGUCCGUUCGGAUCUAACGGUGCUCCGGUCCUGGAACUUCCUCUGGUGAAGCAAUUGGCCGAGAAGUACAACGUCAGACCUGCAGACAUCCUUGUGAACUAUCACACGGCUUCUGGACGCGUGGCUUUGCCUCGUUCUUUGAACCCAGACAGAAUAAAGCAGGGCUAUAAGAAGGUGCCUUUGACCAAGGAGGAUCUCGCAAAAUUGUACGAGAUCGGUGAAAAGGAGCCUAAGAGAUACAUCAAAGAGGACUGGGGCCAUCACAUUGGACUGCCAUUCUGGGAUUAA